UACUCUAUUCUAUAUUUAGCAAAACUUAGGCAAUGCUAUUUUAAGAACUAUAUGCUAUCGAACUUUUGCUUUGCAACAAUCAUAACAAGGAAGAGUGAACAACAACAACAGUGAAUAAACAUGGAAGAAAACGACUUACCUCUUCUUGUACCACUGACUGCUUUGACAGACUACCUGCAGUGUUCCAUAUGUAUGUGCAGCCUGGACAAGACUACCAUCACAGUCUGUGGACAUCGCUACUGCGAGAAGUGUAUCAGCGAAUGGGUGGGGCGCCAGCACACGUGUCCAUGUUGUAACCAUCCACUGAUCCUCUCACAGCUCUUUAAAGACCAUCAGUUUGAUAGUCUAAUUAGUGCAAUAGAAUCUGAGAAAAGCAAAGCAGAAACCCAGUAUUUUGAAAAUCUCAUCCAAUCUGCUACCAGUGAAAAUUCCAAAUCCAGUGAACAAAACAUGUCACCAGUUGAGCUUGUCUUGAAAAAACACCUAAAAAAGGGGCUUAUAGAGCAUGAAUCGUAUCUGCAAACCCUCAAGAAAUCUCUUCACACCAAGAUGAACGUUCUUGAAACCUCCACAGAGAGAGCUGUGGCAGACUUGCAAUCUCAUGGACUAUCUCAGAAUGAGGUCUUACAGCAAACUCAGGAUCUGUAUAGGGCCUUGGAGCGACAGAAACUGGAGAUGACCAAUGAACUCGAGUCUUGUGUUGCUAUGGUUGCAGAGGCAUAUGACAGGUAUCUCAAUACCCACAUUCCUAGACUAGACGUGCUCCCAGUGAAGGCCACAGUGGUUCUAGCUGGCAAGAACAUCAGUAUACCUGACAUCACUUUCCAGGCCACAGAUAGUUUGCUUGAAGUGCGGACCAGUGUAGAGUCGGCAAUGAUCAAACGACACAACCCUGUACAUUCCUGGGAACCAUCCACAAAAUACUACCUGUUUGGUCCUUUUGCCAAGUGCAGUGAGCUGGAGAUGAGGACUGUGAUUCACAACUUCCACAUGGAUGGCAACCUGCCGGAUGAUGUACAGUUCCUUACAGAGGGGGCAAAACUGGGACUGCAGUAUAACAUGCGACCAGGAAGUGUGAUACUGAUAUUAGACGGUGUUAAACUGGAGAGUGACCUGCCAAAGAAGUGCUUUGUUGACAUCUAUAAGAAGAGUGAUACACAGCAGAAAGUGGACUAUUUCUCAUGUAAUCAGUGCAACUUCAAAUGGAUUUGCAGAUCCUGUAUGGAAGUGUGCCAUCUUGGUCAUGAGGUCACUCCGUAUAUAAUACAGCAUCAGCCAAACUGGGCCUGCUGCUACUGUCCAAAGAAAAAAUGCUGCAAGAUUCAGUUGGAAGGUUGAUAAAGAGAAAUAACGUGGACCCAAACAUUCUUCUUGAGCGAUCUCAACUAUUCUGUCACCAUGACCACAUUGGGUACACACUUUGGAGAUGAACAUAACUGCUUAUUCAUCAAAUCCGGCAAAUAAGAAAUUUCAAAUUCA